UUGAGCGACUGAUUCCAGACUGUUUCUAGACUCCUCGUUCUGUCAUACAUUCAUCCAAAGUGUCCACAUGGCUGCGGCUGACGGGUUGCCGAAGUGGGAGAGAAAAGUGCGCAUAUUUUUGUGCCUUUUCGGUUUGGUUUUGUCCCUUUACGCGCUUCACGUGGAGCUGUCCCGAGAAAACGACCCAGACUACAGAGCGAUGUGCGACCUGGGGGAGUCUGUGAGCUGCUCCAAAGUCUUCACCUCCAGAUGGGGACGCGGUUUUGGUUUGGUCCAGUUGUUUGUGGCCCAAGAUCACCCCCUGAACCAGCCCAACAGCGUGCUUGGCAUCCUAUUUUACACUCUGCAGAUGGGCCUUGGAUUGUCUCUGUCUAAAAAAGCAGCAGCGUUUCUGGUGUUCGCCUCCUGGGUGUCUGUGGCCGGUUCGCUCUACCUUGCAUCUAUUCUCGCCUUCGUUCUGGGGGAUUUCUGCAUGGUCUGCGUGUCAACAUAUAUUGUAAACUUUGUGUUGCUCUACACCAACCUGAAACGAAGGGGAGCCAUUGAAGGAAUGAAGGAAAAGGCUGGAUAGAAAAUGUUACUUGUGAAAUGCAAUGCCUUCCCCCCCCCUGCUAACCUGAAGCCACACUGGAUCUGAAAAACAAAUUUCUCUCACAGUAUUUCUGCCAUGCUCACAAGUGCAUGUUCACAACUGUUUAGCUCAGUGUAUUUAGAGAAAAAAGACUGGAUAUUCAUCUCAGAAGAUCUAUAGGAGGAUUUUCAGGAGAGGAACUUGAUGAAACGGCAGUUAUUCUUGUAUGUCAUUGUGCAUUUGUGCUGCUGAUAUACAUUUUUGAAUACUA